AUGUCUCGUUUUUUUCUAAAGACAUAUGAGUACGACUCGACGUCGUCGGGAGAAGAAGAAGACUUGUUAUCUCAAAGCGAGGAAGACUUAUUGUCCUCUAGCAGCGAUGAAGAGUUAUCUGACGACUCCUUUUUCAAUGAUUCGUCUGACAGUUCAGACAAUGAUGAGGAUAACGAUUCCGAUAGCAAGCCAUAUGGUCCAGACUGGUUCAAGAAGCCUGAGUUCAGAAAAGGUGGUGCUUCUGGCGUGAACAAGUUUUUGAAGUCUACGAAUUACUCUUCUGAUGAGGACUCUUCUGAUGAGGAGGAUGGUAAGAAGGUUGUGAAAUCAGCCAAGGAGAAAUUGUUGGAUGAAAUGAAGUCUAUUUACCAGAAGAUCGAUGGAGCUGAGGCUCAGCAAGACUGGGAAUCACUAUUGAACUAUUUGGAAUCUGUUUUGAAAUUAUACACAAGAGCUCAGCAGCAGAAUUACGGUACUCCUAACAUCUACGUGAAGACAUUGGCCAGAUUCGAAGAUGCUGUGUCUGCCACAUCCCAGGAUGAGAUCAAGAACAAGGCCGUUGCAAGAGCCUACAACACUACAAGACAAAGAGUGAAGAAGUUGGUUAGAGAAAACGAGGAAUCCUUGAAGGCUUACAGAGAGUCUCCAGAAAGCUUCGACAAGGAGCCAGUCUUGAACAAUGAAGCAGACUCCAGAGAAGUUUCUGCUACUCCAUUCUCUUUGAGCACCAACAAGAAACUAGAUUUGGCUUCUAUGGCAAGCAACAUCUCUGAGAUGGACUUCUUCAAGACCUUGAACAUCAUAAUUGACUCCAGAGGUAAGAAGAACACCGACCACCAAGCACAAAUCAGAACCACUGAAGAGCUUUUGAAGGUCGCAAGCACUCCAUACGAGAAAAUUUGCACUUACUUGAACUUAAUUCCUAUCAGAUUCGACGCAUCUGUUUCCUUGUCAUACCAACCAUUGGAUCAAUGGAAAGCUUCCAAGGAAAACUUGGAUGGCCUAUUGGACCUACUGGAAAAGGAAGUCGAUCACUACCAAGUUACCGAAUUCGCUCCUAGAAACGACUUCAUUGAAGAUGAGCCAGAGGCUAACGAAAAUGGUGUGAAGGAAAUCUUGGGUUCCAUCUUCUCAAUGGUUGAAAGAUUGGACGAUGAAUUCACCAAAUCCUUGUUGAACAUCGACACCCGUUCUAGUGAAUACAUGGAACGUUUGAAGGACGAACAAUCUAUGUACAACUUGAUCAUCAGAGCUCAAUUGUACUUCGAACGUGUCACCCCAGAGGAACACCGCGACAGAGUCUUGUCUCGUGUCUUCAUCAGAAGACUAGAACACAUCUACUACAAAUCAAGCAAGCUCAUCUCCAUCAUGGAAACUGUUGCUUGGAAGCAUAUCCGUGAUAAUACUUCUGCCUCCGAAUCUAGCUUCAUCUUCUUGAAGGAAUCCGAUGUUGCUAACGAAGAUUACACCUUUAACGUCAUUUCAGAAUUGUCCGACUUAUUGAUCAAACAAAAGAGUAACAACUUUACUGGUUACCAAAAGGGUACCUUGUACAAGACUUACUACAUUGGUCUAAACAAGGAUUACGAAGAAGCAAAGAAACUAAUGCUAUCAUCAGAUAUAACUAAGUCCAUUUCUGGCUCUGAUGCCAGCUUGCAAAUCUUGUACAAUAGAUGUGUUAUCCAACUAGGUUUGGCUGCAUUCAAGGCUGGCUUAAUUAAUGAAUGUCACCAGGUUUUGAACGGUCUAUGUAUCAAUCCACACCUAAGAGAAAUCUUGGGUCAACAAAGUCUACAAAGAGCUAGUGCGAACAGCAAUGUUGUGCAGGGCGCCCCUGUUGAACAAUUGUGUAUUCCAUUCCACCAACACAUCAACUUGGAUUUGAUUGACACCGUCUACAUGACUUGUUCUUUGUUGCUUGAUGUUCCUCACAUGGCUGCUUACUACAGUGGUAUCAAGGUCCAAAGAAUUCCAGUCUUCCAAAAAUCUAUCCGCCGUAUCUUAGAAAGUUCAGAAAAGGCUAUCUUCCACGGCCCUCCAGAAACCCUCAGAGAUCACAUCCUAUACGCUGCUAAGUCAAUGCAAAAGGGUGACUACCUACAAUCAAUCGAAUACCUAAGAAAAAUUUCCGUUUGGUCUUUGUUGAGUAAAACUGAUGAUAUCAUUAACCAGUUAAGUGAAAAGGUUCAAAUUGAAACUUUGAAGACUUACAUCUUCACUUACAAGAGAUUCUACACCAAGAUCUCCAUUUCCAAAUUAUCAAAACUGUUCGAUUUAGAUGUUGAGAAGGUUUUGGAGGUUGCUCAAUCUAUCAUCAACGACUACGAAGUUAAGGCUAAGUUGGAUGAAAAUAACGAAUAUAUUGUGUUUGAAAGAGGUGAAGAAAUCACCAAAUUAGAAGAAGUUGCUAUAAAAUUGGUCAAGGAAACCAAGUACCAUUCCGAACGUUUACGUCAAUAG